AAGCCUCCCCCUCGUGUCCCCCCAGACCAAAAGUUGCCUUGUGGCUUAACUGCCAAUACCGGCGCCGCCGCCGCCGCCGCCGCUCACAAUUAGGUACCAAUAGUCGCAGCCAUGCAGGGGGUUGCGGCAGCCGCAAUCGCUCCACCAUGCUGCGGCGCGCUAGUACCUUCUGCGCGGUUCACUAGCGCCCGCGCCAGCCUCACGCCGUCCACGCAGCUGCGCUUCUCCGCCUGCCGCGUUCCCCGCGCGGCGGCUGCCGCCGCGAGUGCGAGCUCCUCCGGCGGGCGGCUUCCGCAGCAGCUGCAGCAGCAGCGGAAGCACUCCGCUUCUCCCCCGGCCGGCUUGCGCUCCGCUCCGCCUACCGAGCCCUUCGCGCCGUACGCGGUCGCUCCUUUCGCGCGCUCGAAUGCCGCCACUGCCGCCCUUCUUGCUGUAGUAGCGGCGGCUGCGGCGGCGUCGGGAGCGGCGGGGCCAGCGCCGGGUGGGGACGAGGUGAAGGCAGCAGAGGCGGCUGCCGCAGCAGCAGCACCUUCCAUCCCGGCCCCUGCAGCAGCAGAAGAGUCCUCUGGCAGCUGGUGGGACACGUGGAAGGCGCGGUCGCAGGGGCUGAAGGAGAAGGUGGCGAAGCUGGGGCUGGCGGCGGUGCUGGCGUACGGGCUGUUUGAUGGCAUCACCUACACCACCUUCUUCGUGCUCGCCUUCCUCGGCUACGAGAAGAGCACCGGACUCAACCCCGCUGCCAACCUCAAAGCGCUCCUUGGGAUUGUUGUUCUGAUGUGGACUGGGAAUAAUGUGACCCGGCCGUUCCGGGUGGCGGGGGCAGCAGCAGUGGCUCCCUUUCUUGACGAGGCUCUGAAGAAGUUCCAAAAAAAGCUCAAUCUCCCCAGCCAGUUCUUGGCAUUUGUCCUCGUGGCUGGGACAUUCGGGGCCAUCUGCUUGUCUGUAGUUGGGCUCCUCAUCCUGUCACGCAUAGGGGGUUAGGUAGAGAAUUCGAUACAAAGUUUCAUUUAGAGGGAUGGCAAUACGGUAUUCUGUUAAUUAGGGAACAUUCCCGUUUGUUGGAAAUAUCUCAAAGGA